AUGCAUUCUUUCUUUCUUUCUUUCUUUCUUUCUUUCUUUCUUUCUUUCUUUCUUUCUAACCUGGAUAUGCUUAACGUUCUUUUUUUUUAUUUCGUUCAUCCUGUUCUUCGUUGUUCUGUUAUUCUUCUGAUCUGGUAUAAUUUCCUCCUUUCCUUAUGGUUUUCUUCUUCCGGUUCCUUUAUAUAUUGUUCUUCCGGUUCUUUGAUAUACGGUUCUUCCGGUUCAUUGCUAUACGGUUCUUCUGGUUCUUUGACAUACGGUUCUUCCGGUUCUUUGAUAUACGGUUCUUCCGGUUCUUUAAUAUACGGUACUUCCGGUUCUCUGAUAUACGUUUUUUUUUGGUUCGUUGACAUUUGGUUCUUUGAUAUACGGUUCUUCCGGUUCUUUGAUAUACGGUUCUUCCGGUUCUUUGAUAUACGGUUCUUCCGGUUCUUUGAUAUGCGGUUCUACCGGUUCUUUGAAAUACGGUUCUCCGGUUCUUUGAUAUGCGGUUCUUCCGGUUCUUUCAUAUACGGUUCUUCCGGUUCUUUGAUAUACUGUUCUUCCGUGUUCUACCGGUUCUUUGAUAUACGGUUCUUCCGGUUCUUUGAUAUGCGGAUCUUCCGGUUCUUUGAUAUACGGUUCUUCCGGUUCUUUGAUAUACGGUUCUUCUGGUUAUUUUGUUUCUUUUCUUUCUGUAUUUCCGGUUCAUUGAUAUAUUAUUCAUCUAGUUCUUUGUCUUUUCUUUCUUCCGGUCCUUUGACGGCCGUUUCUUUCAGUCCUUUCACUGAAUCUAUUAAUCUUUUCUAUCUAUCUAUAUCUAUCUAUCUAUCUGAGUGUGUUCAGAUAUCUAUCUAUCUAUAUCUAUCUAUCUAUAUCUAUCUCAGUGUGUUAUCUAUCUCAUCCAAAUCUAUCUAUCGAAGUGUGUUCAGAUCUAUCUAUCUAUCUAUCUAUCUAUCUAUCUAUCUAUCUAUCUUAUCUAUCUAUCUAUCUAUCUCAGUGUGUUCAGGUCUAUCUCAUUGUGUCCAAAUCUAUCUAUCGCAGUCUGUUCAGAUCUAUCUAUCUAUCUAUCUAUCUAUCUAUCUACUAUCUAUCUAUCUAUCUCUAUUUCAGCCUCUUUCCUCGUUUCUUUCUCUCGUAAAUAAUUCUCAAGCAUUUACAUUCUAUUUUCUUUUCUUCCCCAGAAUUUCUCCUCACUUUCUUUUUGUUUUCAUAUUACCAUUCUGA